CCAUCGCUCAGUAUAUAAAGCGGGACCUCGACGGAAGGAGGACGGCUGGGGAGUCGCAGCCCGGGACUGUAAAUAAGACCGAGAAAACUGUGUGUUAUUUACAAAAGUGAUGCCGGCUGUUUGAAAACUCCGCUCCCAGUUGUUUUAACUCGUUUUUGAUCAUUUUUGGCUCUAAAUCUCGCCAAGCUCCGUGUGGUCUUUACACUACGCGUAUAAUGGCGAGCUCGGCUAACUCGAACCCAGUGCCUAAAUUAUACAAGUCUGUGAUUGAGGAUGUGAUCAACGAGGUGCGAGAGCUGUUCCUGGACGAGGGAGUGGACGAGCAAGUUCUUCUGGAGCUGAAAACGCUAUGGGAGAACAAACUGUUGCAGUCCAAGGCAGUGGAGGGCUUCCAUACCGAGGAGCAGGCAGCCUUACAGGCCGCGCAGCUGCAGCUGCAGCAGCAGCAACAGCAGCAGCAGCAGCAACAGCAGCAUCAUCAGGUUCAGCACGUCCAACAGGUGCAGCACGUCCAGCAUGUGACGCAGACUGCACAGACCCAGCAAGUCAUCCUGCCGCCCCAGCAGCAGCAAGCUCCCCAGCAGCAAGUCAUUGUUCAGGAUCCCAAGAUUCUGCAGCAUAUGAGUGCAACAGGGAUGAGUGCAGCAGCUACCGCAGCAACGCUUGCUUUGCCUACAGGGGUCACCCCAUACCAACAGCUCAUCACCAGCCAAGGUCAGAUCCUGCAGGUUGUCCGUGCUCCCAAUGGGGCUCAGUACCUCAUCCAGCAACCCCAGCAGCAGAUCCUCCUGCAGCAGCAGAUGCAGCCUGGUGGUGUGCAGGCACCGGUCAUACAACAGGUAGUCCUAUCACACAAGGAUGGACAUCUAGCUGUGGUCCUGGCUCCUCUGCAGGGAGGAAUGCCCCAGCAAACAGGAGUCAUCAUCCAGCCUCAGCAGAUUGUGUUGGCUUCAAACAAAGUCCAAGGCAACACACAGGUGAUGCAGGCAACACCUAUGGUACAGCAGCCCGGUCAGGCAGCAGUUCAGGUUCAGCAGGUCCAGGGUGCAGCUGCACCACAGGCCCAACCCCAGCAGCAGGCCCAGCAGCAGGCCCAGGCUCAGCCCCAGGCACAGCCUCCCAUGAUGCUGCAGGUGGACGGAGCCGGAGACACCUCAUCAGAGGAGGAUGAAGACGAGGAGGAGGAGUAUGAUGAAGAUGAAGAGGAGGAGAAGGAAAAGGAUGGAGGAGAGGACGGACAGGUUGAGGAGGAGCCACUGAACAGUGAGGAUGAUGUCAGUGAUGAGGAGGACCAGGAAUUGUUUGAUACAGAGAAUGUAGUUGUGUGCCAAUAUGACAAGAUUCACAGAAGUAAGAACAAAUGGAAAUUCCACCUGAAGGAUGGGAUCAUGAAUCUGAACGGGAAAGACUAUGUCUUCUCCAAAGCCAUUGGGGAUGCUGAAUGGUGAAGUAGAAAAACAAAGCUACAGGAGCAGGAACUCUGUAACUCCUGCUAUCCAGUUAACAGACACAGUAUCCUUCCAUAUCCUGUGACUGGAUUCAUUUCAGGAAACUUCGUCUGAGUCUUUGAGAACUCUGACAAACCCAAAGGACUGUGAGGGUACUGUAAAAAAGAAUGGGUGUUGUCAAAAAACACUCGACAAGCUUCGCCGUAUGAGAAACCUACAGGGGAAGGAAAAGCCUGUGAGCAGAGCGUGGUUUCUCCAUUUUUUUCUUCCUCUUCCAGGCUUCUCUACCUUUUUGCUGAGAGAAUUCACAUAACUUUGGAAAGCAAGCAUUUCACAACGUACAGGUGUAGUGGACCAGGGUGACGUGGCCUGCCCUGUCGCAGAAGGUCAGAGGUCAUUCAUUAUCACCCCGUAGAUGAGAAUCACCUUCAUAAUGCACUGUAGUCGGUUGACUGGAUUGACUCGUGUCUACUUUUAAGUCCAAACUUAGUGCCACCAGUCAAGAUCGCUGCCUUUAGAACGGCCAGAAUCAACCUUUUGGCUUCGAAAAUCUUUUGUUCUUUCAAUUCUGUCACAAUUCAUGUUAUGAAAAUGGUGCUCCAGAGUGUUUUUAUGUACUUUAACCACAUGUUAUUGUUUUAAACAUUUUUUUUAAAACUAUGUUCAAUGAAGUGUUCAGACAAUGAAAUAUCAUUAAUCUCCAAGUAACUUAAUAGUUGCGUGAAGGCAUUUUUAAAAAUCUUAGGGAGCGCAGAAUCCCCCAAAAGUUUUUUUUUCUUUGUCUGCCUCUCUGGAGCUUCAUUCCAUCUUUAUCUCAAAACGUAAAACAAAGAAAAGAUCAGGCACCAAGUUCAUUUAAGAAUUGUACAAAAAGAGUUUGUCCCCUUGGUGUAUCUUCUCUGCUCUUAUUUUAGUUAUCUGCAGCCGUCUGAAGAUUUGCACUGUCAGUUUAUCAAUGUGUAGUGAAAUCAGUCGAGUUAAUCAAUAACCACAGCGUGCUCUGUUCUGUCCAGUUGUCCGUGUGAGAGCGUGAGAGAUGGUGAGCAUCAGCACAGGCAUGUGUUGAGUGUUCAUGUGUGUAUGAAGAUUUGUGUGCGUUGUCACCGCUUUUCUCUGGAAAUGUGUUUUUUCUUGCACACCCCAUAAUCCCAAUUCUUUUGCCUACCUGUUGUUUCUGGUGGGGCAGGGGGUGGUCCUGUUGUGUUUUUCUCUAUUUAUUCCUGAAGGUUCAUGAAAUGUUCUAUUUUUUGAAAAAGGUUGGAAAGCCGCACCAAACUGUGCUCUUAUAAUCUAAUAAGUGUUCCUUUUUUUUUUCUGUUACGCGACGCUGUGUUCCAAAUUUCUUCGUCCACCAUAUGUUCUCCUGUGCUUUCAUUUUAUUCAUGAUUUUUAAAAUGAGAAUAUUUUCUAUCAAAGUCAGUUUAACGCGGGGCCUGUGUGUUUCUCUGCAGUUUGUUUUUAGUGCCCCUGUUGCAGCAAUUUGAAAUAAAGUAUGUGUUUUUUGAU